AUGUUCGAAAAUACGAAACGCGCAUUAGAAGAAUUUCAGACAAAAAUUGAAUGCAAUAAAUGUAGAACGACAAAAAAGGAUUUGCAAUACCUUGGAACUUCUUGCAAACAUGCAUUUUGCUGGGAUUGCAUCAGCGACUUCAGUCAAAAAAUUCCGGGUAGACGUUCAUCCGUAGCUCGUCAUCAAUGCCCCACUUGUGCAUUUCCACUGGACACCACAAAAAUUAUCGGCGCCCACAUGCUGAAUACAUGCUAUGAAAGUCUUUCGGACCUUCGAAAUCUUUUAGACAAGGCUACGACAUCGCAGAUGACUCAAGUCGAUAUUGCAUGUACGCAGAACAUUUUUGAUAAAGAUGCACACCAAGUGAGUGGAAAUCAAGGAGCAAUCGACAGAUUCCUAGAAACACAAACCCAUAUGCCAGACGAACUAGGACAAUUGAACGAUGAAGAAUCAACAAUCGUGCCAAAAGUGGAGAAUAGAGAAAACUCACACUCACCGGAACUGGACAUUUUCCAUGAUUACAGUGCAGACGUGAAAUCAGCUCGUUCCUCGGUGAAACGAUCUUCAACGUCAACUGAGCAUGAGAGAAAACCGAAACGAUCAUCCGUACUGAAGACAGUAAAAAAUGAGCCAGCUGAACCCAAUUUGUUCGCCUCACAAAUUCCACAGAGAACGCAUGAAAACGAUCUCCUCACUCCGUUCCUUGAGCGUCGUUCUACCGCUCCUUACUCAUCUGGCGUUGGAAAGUACGCUCAGUCAUUUGGGAGUUCGAAAAAGGAUGAAAAUGAUCCCUUCACUACAACAAUCGUACUCCCAAAACGUCAAGCAUCACUGGAACAACUCUCAAUCAAGACGCCCAAAGUGGAACCAGUAGAGGAACCUGAAGAGCAACCUUCUAUUUCAAAACGUAGUCGAAAAGUUUCAGUUAAGAUGGAGAACAUUGAGCGCAGGUCGCAGUCACCUAUGAGUUUCGGAGAAAAGUCAAUGAGUCUCAAACCAGAACAGCGUCGAAGUUCGUUCGGGACGCGUCGUGGAGAACUCGUUAUUAUUAAUUCAAUUCAAAAUAAUCGUAUUCCUCAACUCCAAGCUGCCGUGGACGCUGGAACAUGUGUCAAUGAAAAAGAUAACAAAGGAAAAACUCCAUUGUAUUUGGCUGUUGAAUAUAACUCUUUGGAAGCAGCUAAGAUUCUUGUGGAGGCCGGAGCUGUCAUUAAUGCUUCUUGUGAGGGAACUUCAAGUCAGAGAAAGCUGAAAACAAAACUACUUUCAGGCGGUUCUACUCUCGAGACAACAUUGCACGAAGCUGUUCGUCGCAGCAAUCUGCCCAUGAUUGAGUAUCUUCUAUCAAAGGGCGCCAGUAUGAAAAUUCGUAACAGUGUUGGAAAAACAGCUGAAGACUUGGCGAAAAACGAUCCGAAAGCAAAAAAAAUAAUAGAGAAAUUCAAGACUGAACAAAGAGCAUUACAACCUGUUAUCCUACCUCCUAAGUCUCGAAUUUAUUUUGUGCAACUCAUAGAUGAAAAGAUGCUGAGCGAUUCGGAAAAACGAAAACUACCUGGAAAGAUUAAUCUGAUCGGUUCAGACAUGAAUACACAAACUCAUGUUGUGGUUGCAGUUGAUCCGAAAACUCGUGUACUGAAUAUAAACAAGGACCAUAUUGGAGAAGUACUCAGGGCAAUUGUAAAACCCGGAAUGAUUGUGAGUCAUGAUUGGCUGAAAGCAUGCAUAACAGAUUCAUCGAAAGUGGACGAUGAUUAUUCGUAUUUGGUGAGGAAAGUCCGUUGGAUGGAAAGUCAAAUAUUUGAGAACACGAUUGAAAUAUGGAAAAAGACGAUCACUAAAAUGCAACCGGGAUUGUUCGCCGGAUGCAAGUUCUACAUUCCGAAGCCUAAAUACAAUUUCCUUGAUCGACCAACUCUCAUCGAAAUAGUUCGUUCUGGCGGUGGCCAAGCAUCGGCUCGUGACACGUUGCUCAAUGAAAAGGAUCCAGCGCCCUACCAUAAUUCAAGACUCAAACCAAACUUCGUGAUAUACAGUUUGACACACGACAUUGGCGAGAAAUUCCGCGAUUGUGCCAAAUACAAUCUGGUCAGUGAGCAGUGGUUUAUAGAAGCGAUUCUCUCUUGUUCCAUUAGUACUCCACCACAUUGA